UCAACAACUAUUUCAAAUUCCAAAUACCCUAAACGCUAUAUCAAGAAGGUUAACCGAAGAAUUAGAAGAAAUCAGUAAUUAAUGGAAACACUAAUGGAGGAAGAAGAGUACAACUGGAGAGAAGUGAAGCUUCCGUCGCUCAUACCAGUGGUGCCGCCGCCUGAACUGGAGAGAGAAACAGGAGAAAGGCGCCGUGGGCGUGACAUAGUCAUCGCUAUUGAUCACGGUCCUAACAGCAAGCACGCUUUUGAUUGGGCUGUUACUCAUAUUUGCCGUCUCGCUGAUACCAUUCAUCUUGUCCACGCCGUCUCCAGUUUGAGAAAUGAGAUUGUCUAUGAAGCUACACAGGCGCUCAUGGAGAAGCUUGCCAUCGAGGCUUUUGAGGUUGCUAUGGUGAAGACAGUGGCUAGGAUUGUGGAAGGAGAUGCUGGAAAGGUUAUAUGCAGGGAAGCAGAACGGUUGAAGCCUGCAGCCGUGGUUAUGGGAACCAGGGGACGUAGUUUAAUCAAAAGUGUACUUCAAGGAAGUGUGGGUGAGCAUUGCUUUCACCACUGUAAAACAGCCCCAAUCAUAAUAGUUCCUGGAAAAGAAGCAGGGGAGGAAUCUGUAAUUUAAUGGGAACUUGCCAAGUUUGAGUACUGCUGAUGAUCAUGCAGUAUAGCAGCAGCUUGUUUGCUAUUCACAGGAUAUUCCUUCAUAUUGUUGUAGAAGAAAGUUCUGCUAUUAUUGAUGUAAAUUUUUUGUUUUCUGGCGUAUUCUGGAUCUACUUUGUGUAUUUCACUAUUCAUGAUUUGUUUGUUCAACUUCAACUACCAAUAUGUUGUUAAUAUGAUUAAGAAUUCACCGAUGGUCUCCCGGAAACAACCUCUCUAUUCCUUCAUGGUAGGGGUAAGGUCUGCGUAUAUUCUACCCUCACCAAACCUCACUAGUGGAAUUUUACUAGGUUGUUGUUGUUGUAUAAUUAAGAAUUCAGUAAAUUUGUUGUUAUGACUAGAAAAUUGCAUGAACUUUUUGUUCA